CACGUCAUCGAUAUCGUUUCAGUUUGACUCAGUAAACAGUGUCGACUUAAGGACAGCAAAUAUAAACGGAGACUUUUGGAGGUCUCCCAGUUCCCUAACAAUGAAAUUUAUGUACAAAGAGGAGCAUCCCUUUGAGAAGAGACGGUCUGAGGGUGAGAAAAUAAGAAAGAAAUACCCGGACAGAGUGCCUGUGAUCGUUGAAAAAGCACCCAAAGCCAGAAUAGGAGAUCUGGACAAGAAGAAGUAUCUGGUGCCGUCCGAUCUGACAGUGGGACAGUUCUACUUCCUCAUUCGGAAGCGGAUCCACCUGCGUGCUGAGGACGCACUCUUCUUCUUCGUCAACAACGUCAUCCCCCCCACCUCUGCCACCAUGGGACUCCUCUACCAGGAACACCAUGAGGAAGACUUUUUCCUCUACAUCGCCUACAGUGAUGAGAGUGUGUACGGAUACACCCAGAGAGACGCCGAAUAACUUCACACACACACACACACACACUCACACCUCUCUGAAAGCCCUGAUUCCCACCCCUUUAAAGCAAAUCAAUAAACGUCAUCCAUCUGAAAGUACCCACUGACUGCACUUUCAUAUGCUCUCUGCACACGUCUGGUCGAUCAUCGUUCUGAUCUCACUACAUCCUCAUCAUUUCUUCUCUUUCAUUCUCUCACUCUCUUCUCUUCUGUCUCUAUCUCCUCCUCUCCUCUCUGCGGGUCUCUGUGCUGAUGUAUCUGAUAGGCUCUCACGUGUAGAUAUAGAUUUGAUUUUUUCUGCCCAGAUGUUCUGUUUCUCACACACAUCUCCCUGCUGAUGCUGGUUUGUCCUGACACAUGUUGUGUUUGAGUGUGAUGGAGAUGGAAGGUAAGGGAGCACGGGGCUGUCUGAGGGGUGUUCUGUCUGGGCUGCAUUGACCAAAAGGCUGGGUAACACUGGACUAUCAUACCACAUGUUUCUUUUUCAAAGCAAACUUCAAGUCUAUUUCCAAUUGCCAAUGUUUUUACAUUGUUCCAAAGGAAUUGAACUGGUUGUUAGUUUGAGAGAUUGCAGCUGAAGUUUCCUAGUGAAAUAGAACUUGUUUGCUGCUUCUUUAAAGUAGAUUGUUGAUUUGUUUGGCUUUUAUUAUUCAUGGCCCAAGCGUUUGUGUAAUAUUCUGACAAAGACAUGGAUCAUUUUGAUGUUCUUGUGUGAGUGAAUCAUGGGUUAGUGUUUUACUUUUGUUCUCCGUUGCCUGUGUUACUCACUUGUGUUUCUGUAACUUAACACUUAUAAUCAUCAUAAACUUAUUAUAAACCUA